CCAUUACGGGGACAACAACCAUCACCGCCCAAAAUAAGAAAAAAGAACCAAUAUCCGACUAAAAUCGAAAAAAUGGGGAGAAAAUCUUUAGGGGCUACCAGAAAGUCCAGGAUCCCCAAGCACAUCACUGAAAUUUCCAUGGCCUCCGAUAAGUACUAUGAACUUAAGGUUUAUAUCAAGUCCGUUGUUGUCCCCGGCACCCCGGCUUUCGAAUUUAGGCGUCUGGGCCACGGGGCAAAUAAGAAAUCCUACCACCUCUGGCUCCAUAACAUUCUUGAGGAGGUUGGGCCUAGGCUUUUCCCGAGCGGCGUGAGGGGCCUAGUCUGGCCUGAGGAUCACCAUAAGUAUGGGGGUUUUUUUUUCGAUAUUAUUUUUUCGUUCUACCUGGCAAUUUUCUGGAGGACAUUAUAAUGGGCUAACGGUGGAAUGAUAUAUAGAAUUUACAAGGCUGUUCAUCAGGUUGUGCGUGUCUUGAGUGUUGGGAUUAGGAAGGGUUAUUACAGGAGGAACCCGAGAGCUGUUCAAAGGGGCAGUAGCGAUGAUGAGAUUGAGAUGACACAAGAUGGGGAGCCCCAUGAAGGGGAAGCUGGUGAUACUGAUACUGAGGAGGAUGUUGCGGUGCUCGAUGAGGAUGAGAGAUAUGCUCAAUGGAAACAAGAAGAAGAGAAGAUGAGGGUAAUUCUGGCGGCUGCAGAUCAGGAGAAUCAGGACGAUGAUACGGUGGAAGAGGGCAUGGACGCGGAGCCUAUCGAGCUUGAAGACCUGCUCGGUUUGAUGAAGGUAUGACCCUGAGUGCUCUCGGCUUAGUUUCCGGUAUUUUUAGAAUCUAACAACUAUUCACUAUAGCCCGAGGUGUUUGCCAAUUUCCCGAAUGUGGAUGAUGAGUAUUUCGAUUGGGAUGAAAUCUUGGACCCUAGCAGCCCAGAACCGGUGCGUUAUCUGGCCCACUUAGACCAUCCCUGUCUAUCACUGCCCAGUGUUGAGGCUAAAUAUUUGCGUCUAGAUUGCCCGCCUUCUCUUGUUGCUCUCUUAACUUAACAUCGAUACUGUUCCGCUUUUAUUCGACACCUCCGCGGCGUUUAUUCUAGUAGGAACUAGGUAGGUCGGAGACAUGGAGCUGUGCUUGUCUGAUUAUUCUGGACAAUAAAGGCUUGGUAAAAAUAAAUAAGCUGUUUCUGUAUUUCUGGCUGAAUCCAAUUUAAUUUUCACUUUUAUUAGUUGUUGGUGGAGUUUCUUUGGAAGACCAAUAGUACCCUGAGAUCGGACUAUGGCUUUGUUAGUGCUGGCUACCCUUGCUUCCAGUUUCACCAAAUCUCAAUCGGUGACUC